AUGCCGCUGCCCCGCUGGCGCUUCCGGCGAUUAGUCGUCUUAGCAUCUGUCCUGGCCUUUAUUUUUAUUUGCGCCGCCCAAUGGUCUUACGGUGAAAUUCCCAGUGAAGAACAUGGGUAUCCCCUUCUUGCUCGAUACGUACAAUCCCAGACGGGGAAAGGCGGAGCAUGGCAUAUCCCCGAAGAAUGGCUUGACGAUCCGACUUCGCGACCCGAGACAAUCGUGGACGCAGCAAAACUAGCUACACGAAGAGCAACCUUGUCGGCCCAGAGGAGGAUACCGCAUUCUGAGAUCCCACUGAUCGUCCACCAAACAUGGAAAAAUACGCAAGUUGAGACAUGGUCGCCGGUGAUGCGCCAAAGCGCGACAAGAUGGCUCGAGGCAGUCGAGGAAGACAGAAUGGCCUACUUUCUCUGGGACGAUGAAGGUGUCGCGCAAUUCGUCAAAUAUUUCGAGCCUGAGCUAGAGGAGCAGUUCUACUCCCUCCCCAGCAAUGUGGAAAGGUCUGAUGUGUUUCGUAUACUGGUGGCGAAAUGGAUUGGAGGGAUUUACGGCGACAUGGACACCGAACCACUUCGAAGCCCCUCAUCUUGGAUUACGACAGAAGAUCUCCGGAAUUGGAAGGACGCAGAGACAAACCAGCUCUAUGGGCCCGCUGGCCAGAUACGCGCGAUCGUGGGUCUCGAAGCCGAUUGUCCACCCGAGAGCGAUGCAUACUGGCGCAUGGGCUACGCCGAGCCUGUUCAGCUAACACAGUGGUCGCUCGCGGCGGCACCAGGACAUCCCAUUUUCCAAACGUUCCUCGAUCGCCUGUCUGCUAGUCUCAAGAACACGACGUCUAGCAAGGGCAGUCAUAUACAUUCUCAACAGGACCAGGCUACGCUGCGGAGAAUCGAUCCCCUCCUCCUUACGGGGCCUGCAGCCUUUACAGACUCCGUAAAGGGUUGGCUGGUAACAACUAUUGGGCUGCGGUGGAAUGCCUUGUCCGGAUUAACAGAUGGAGGGCAAAGUAAAGUUGUCGGAGAUAUCUUGGUGCUCCCAAUUACUGGAUUUAGCCCCGGAAGAGGCACAUAUGGGAAUAUGGGGUCGAAAUCCAUUGAGGACCCUUCUGCACGCCUGUUACAUCAUGCACAAGGAUCAUGGAGAAAGACUGAUAUCGUCGUCGAGCUCGGGAAAUUUUGCCGCACAGCCUUUGGGCUAUGCAGGGACUGGUCGAAGGUUUCGUAUGCUCCAGAGUGA